AUGAUGGUAGAGGAAGAGAUCGUGAAAGUCCUGAAAUGGAAGAAGGCCAAGAAAAAGAAAGAGGAAUUCGCGAAGUCAAUGAAAGUAAUGAAGGCGAAACAGCAGGAUGGCAUAAGAAAAGCACUGGAGGAUUACUUGGCCGCUCAAACACAAACGAUGACUGUAGAAGACUCGGAAAGGGUCGUUGAAAUGCCAUCGAAAAGUCAAUCACAAACAGCGCUCAGCUCUAAAACGUCAGAAUCCUUACAAAAGGCGUCAAUCAGUGGAACAACAACCUAUUCCGCUGCAUCUACCCCUGUUCCAAGGAAUCUCGGCCAAAUGCCGAUGGAGAAGCUAUAA